AUGGCUCCUCCAGUGUGUCAGUCGAAGUAUGUUGUGUUUGAUCUAAGUGAUGUCAAGCUGUAUAUUAAGAAGAGGGCAAAGAUAACAUGUGAUAAAAAGAACUGGGAAGCAAAGGAGCAGCCAGUGAACAUCAGAAGAGGUCACAGUACCAUGGAUCCCAAGAUUACUGAAGAACUGAACGAUGCUUCCUACAUGAUGCUGAGAAGUUCUAGCAGAAUAAUUGAACCUGAACAGGAAGUGAGUCACGAAUGUGCAAGAUCCGUCUGUCUACUGGAACAGAAACGCAAGGUGGUAUCGUCAAAUAUUGAUGUCCCUCAAACAAGGAGAUAUGAAGAGAUAGACAUGGAUAAAGUGACAGCUGCUAUGGUACUAACCAGCUUGUCUACAAGUCCUUUGGUUCAGAGCCCUGCCGUUCAACUUACUGAUGUGACUGGAUCAUGCAAAGAGACUGGGUGUGCACCUUCCAGCCAUGGCAGCAGUGGUUGCUGGAGUUGGAGUAACACAAGUGAUCAUUCCAAUCCAUCAACUCCAUCACCCCCCUUAUUUGCAGACAAUUUCAAACACUUCCGAAGUAAAGCUUAUCCAGACGACAAUGCUGAUGACACCGACACCAGCAACCUACUUUUUGAAGAUCCUGUCCCAAGAAAAAGAAAGAACUCAAUGAAAGUAAUGUUCAAAUGUCUGUGGAAGAAGUGUGGGAAAAUUCUAAGCACUGCUGCUGGGAUCAAGAAGCACAUUCGGACCAUUCACCUGGGCCGCAGUGGAGAAUCUGAUGACUGUGAUGGUGAAGAGGACUUUUAUUACACAGAGAUCAGACUGAACAAUGACUCUGGCACCGAAGGGCUCUACAACGUGUCUGCUGUAUCUCCAACCAAUGCAUCGGCUCCGUCUACAAUAAUCCUUCCCAGUGCUGGAAGUUGUGAAACAAUCUGUACCAAGACAGAGACCAAGCUAAAUACCCGUCUGAGUAGAUCAGCUCCAAACACCUACUACUUGAUGAACUCAGAUCAUGCUUAUCAGGCUACUCCUUUGGUGAACAUUCCAAGCUCAAGGCGAAUUAACGUCAACAACUUCAGUGUUUCUCGACCUCUGCCUCAAACUACUUUUAAUGGCACCUCACCAGAUCUGAAUGGAAGGAGGUUGAGGUUGCCUCCACAUCGCAGGUAUACAACUAUCGGGUGCAUUGACAAGUACAAAACCCCAGGAACAUACACAACCAGUUCAGAUGGUGUUAUCUUCCUCUACCAGAACUUCUGCAGUAACAAGGUAUGGAAACCUCGUGGUGAAGGCAAGAAAUGCCGUAAAGUGUACGGAAUGGAGAAUCGGGAUAAAUGGUGUACAGCCUGCCGCUGGAAGAAGGCCUGUCAGAGGUUUCCUGACUGA